AUGUCAUGGGGGCAGCCCCAGUCCAGUCCCAUGGAAACCUCGGCCAUAGAUGGCGCUGCUGUGCGGCAGCUCGGGUCGCACGCCGCUGCCGGGGCUUGGUGGGGGCCACAUCAUACACAUCCACAUCCGCACCCCCACCCCUCAACGACUGGCGCCUCGGCGGUCGCGUUGCACCACCAGCAACAGCAACAGCAACAACAGCAACAACAACAGCUUCAGCAACAGCAAUUACAACAGUCCGCGCAGCAUCUGCAGCAACUGCAUCACCAUCCGCACCACCACCACCACCUGCCUCAGACCCAGCCUCUGCAUCAUCACCUGCAGCACACGGUCGUGUCGUCCGCCUCGGUUGGAUUGUCCACGCCAACCUCUGUACUCCAGCAGCAGCAACAGACGACGCCAACAACACAUUCCACGCCCACGCAUGCAGUUAUGUAUGAGGAUCCACCACCCGUGCCAAUUGUGCCCGUGCAGCAGCAGCAACAGCCGCCUCUUCAGCAUCUGCCCCCGCCACAGCAGCAACAGCAACAACAACAGAUUACAACCACACCCGUUGGCAGUGCCCUUAGUCCCGCCCAGACGCCGACUGGCCCCACUGCACAGCAGACGCAGCACCUCACAUCACCUCAUCAUCAGCAACAACAACAACAACAGCAACAACAGCAGCAGCAACAACAGCAGCAGCAGCAGCAACAACAGCAGCAACAACAGACGCCUAAUAGCGUCUCUAGUGGCGCCUCCUCAAGUCUCCAACAGCAACAGCAACAACAACAACAAAACUCGGUUGUGGCGUCAGCCCAAAGUCAAAUUGUUGCGCCAACAACGGCGAGUGUCUCUCCCUCCAGUGUCAGUUCUCAGCAAGCAGGUGAGCAGUCGAAAAGUUCACGUUUACCGUUUCGAGUUGCCUUUCGAUCACUUUAUGCCCUAUCCACUGUAAAGAAAUCCAAAGCUCCCAUAUACUAUAUAAGCUAG